AUGUUCGCGACUUCGUUCCGGAGCAAAGCGAGGGAGUGCCGUCGUUGGAAAAUGCGAGGGGACGAUACGCGUAAAAGCCUUUUGAACGUCUUCGUCUUCUGUUGUUCUGCAUUGAUUACUGUCGCUAUGUUUGGGUAUCGUUGUACCGGAAGAUUACAAUUAGUGCGAUUUCCAUUAGGAAAUUUGAACGCCCAAUUGAGAUUGUUUGAAAAGUAUGAAGCUUUUAUCAUCCCCAAAUCGUAUUCAUCAAGUACUAACAAGACUCCGAUAGCAGGAGUCCAGGAAGGGAAACAACUGCCAUUUACAGUUUUUUACCUCGUGAAUUCAUUUGGGUUUUCCUUACAAACUGCUAAAUCCUUGUCCAAAAAUAAUGGACUCACCGAUACCCACAUCUCAAAACUCGCCAGGUCAUCCCCAGAUGUGCUUUUAGCUGACACGGAGAAGAGUUUCUUGCCCAAACUUGAGUUUCUUAGGUCAGUAGGUGUUUCAGGAGGCGACCUGGCGGAUGUGGUCUCUUUUGGCGGAAAUAUUUUGCAGCGUAGCCUGAAUAAGAAUAUCAUCCCCUAUAAUAAUUUAUUAAAGAAAUUUCUUAAAGACGAUGACAAGAUUCUCCGUGUGUUGAAGCGUCGAACUUUUUUUUGGGGUAAGACUAAGUUGCUUGCUCCCAACAUCUCACUCUUGCAAGAGCUUGGAGUUCCCGAAUCGUCAAUUAUGAUUCUGCUUACCCGUAGUCCCGGUGUGCUGCGUAGAAGUGCUGAAAAUUUUAAAACAGAUGUCGAAAAGCUUGUCAGAAUGGGAUUUGACCAUCAAAGAACUAAUUUUGUCUACGCACUUGCUAAAAUUUCUUCAAAGUCUAGAGAGUCAUGGGAACAUAAAUUGGAUGUUUACAUGAGGUUUGGUUGGUCUGAAGAUGAGUUCCUUUCAGUUUUUAGAAGCUAUCCUACAUGUAUGGAUUAUUCCAAGGAGAAUAUUACAAGAAAAAUGGAUUUUUUUGUGAACAAACUUGGUUUGGCUCCUGCAACUGUUGCUAAGACACCAAAAUCUCUGGGUUGCAGUAUGGAUAAAAGGGUAAUACCUAGGUUUUCAGUGAUCAAAACUUUGUUUAAUGAAGGUUUAAUCAUGGGAAAACCUGCUUUUUCAACUUUGUUAACUAUUUCUGGUAAAAGUUUUCGGGAUAGGUUUGUGGUUCCAUACCAGGAUCAGAUGCCUCAGCUGCUUGAUAUCUUUCAAGGGAAAGUGAAAAUCUCCGAAACAGUCUUUAAAUCAGAAGGAAAAUUCUUUGUUUAA